GUUCUAACACUCCUGUCACAGGCACAAUUUCUCAUGCAGAUGAGGAAGAGACAAGUGUGGCACAAGAAUCUCUAUUGAUUUAGGUUUCAUCAAAGACGCACCAUGAGGAUGAAAGGAUGUGCUUUUAUAUUUGUCAUCAUGGCAAUUUCUGAAGCAUUCUCCUUAAACCCAAAUGGACUAGAAAUAGUGGAUGUUGGUGAAGUGAAGGACAUUCCUGAAAUAAACAAGGAAUUUUUACAUGAUGAUAUUUUGGAGCCUAUAGGCAAGCAGAGGAGUACCAUCAUUAAUGAAAACAUCCUGUGGACAUCUCCAGUCCCCUACCUCUUAAAUAAUGACCUUGACAUUAAUUCUAAAGGAGUCAUUCUGAGAGCCUUUGACCAGUUCAGACUGAAAUCAUGCAUUGACUUCAAACCAAGAGACUCUGAGGACUAUUACAUUUCUGUCAAACAGUUAAAUGGAUGUUGGUCAUACAUUGGACGAAUAUUUUCCAAUGGACAGGAACUCUCCAUUGGAACAGGCUGUGGUUACAUUGCCAUUGUUGAACAUGAGUUCCUUCAUGCUCUUGGCUUCUACCAUGAACAGUCCAGAUAUGACAGAGAUGAUUAUGUGACGAUUAACUUUGAAAACAUCCUAGAAGCUUACAAGAGCAACUUUAGAAUCGUUGGCAGUAAUGAGAGCACCACCAAUGGAGUCCCAUAUGACUACUUGUCAGUGAUGCACUAUGGCAAAGAUGAUUUCACCAAUGGCAAUGGAUCUACAAUCAUCACCAAAGAUCGCAAAUUCCAGAAUCUGAUUGGUCAACGAGUGGAAAUGAGUACUAGUGAUGUUCAGGAGCUGAAUCUACUCUACAAAUGCAGCUCAUCCAUUGCCUUCAAGAUGUACUGUGGCUUUACUAAUGGGACCAUGUGUCAAAUGAACCGCUGUUCAAAGAGUGGCAAUGGCUGGGAAAUGGUAACUGGUGUUUAUGGUGGUCCCAGCUCUGACCACACCAAUCUGCCCAGUGGAAAUGGUGGUCAAGGUCAGGAUGCAGGUUACUUCAUGUAUGCCAGCACAGAAUCAGGUCAGGAGGGUGACUCAGCCUGGCUGGAGACAAAGAGGAUGAGUCCCCAGAGGGAGUGUCAUGUCCAAUGUCUGCAGUUCUACUAUUACCACAAUGGGAGCAAGUCAGAUGAACUUAACAUCUGGAUCAGAGAGUUUCAAGAUCAAUGGGACUCCACAGGAACUCUCUACCUCAUGGGACAGAUCAGUGGACCACCAACAUCUCACUGGACUCUCCACCAUGUUCCUCUAAAUGCCACUAAGCAGUUCCAGGUGGAGUUUGAGGUUCGUAAAGGAGCAGGAAACUCUACAGGCGGCUUCUCUAUUGAUGACAUCAAUCUCUCAGAGCUUGAGUGUCCAGAUGGAACCUGGCAGAUUAAUGAUUUUGAGAGAUUUUGGAACACUACUCAUACUCCAACCCUGAUAUAUAGCCCAAGGCAGUACUCCAGUGAGGGCUAUGCUUACCGGGUAGCGUUAUAUCUAAGGCAGACAGAUUUUGGAGUAUAUGUCCAACUUGUCUCUGGUGUCUAUGAUGACCAACUGCAAUGGCCUUGUCCACAAAGGCAAUUUACUGUCCAAAUGUUGGAUCAGAACCCCAACAUCCAGCUACAGAUGUCAAGGCAAAUGAGUCUCACCACUGACCCAAAUCUGCUCACCACCAGUGGUGUUCCUGCUUGGGGCAGACCUCGUGAUGUUGGAACUCAAAUUGUUAAUGAGAACAAUGAACUGAUCUAUGCCAAUAACCUGUAUGGUAGAAAUAAUUUUGCAUCUUUGGAAGACAUCCAAUCCAGAAAUUACAUCAAGGGAGCGAGCACCAUUUUCAUCUUCAGUGUUAAAGAUCUCACACCUCUAGUUAAUGGAAGUUCACUGCCAUGUCCUCAAGUGAGAACAGUGAAUAUUACACAUCCUCCUGGAGACCAGCAUAAAGGACCUUGCUCAUCACGGAUCUCAACCACCUCCAUUCCAACUCCAAAAUCAACAAAUGACAGGAUCUCACCCACCACAAUUGCAAUUGCAGACACAACCGAUGACAGGAUCUCACCCACCACAAUUCCACCUCCAAUCACAACAGAUGACAGGAUCUCACCUACCACAAUUCCACCUCCAAUCACAACAGAUGACAGGAUCUCACCUACCACAACUCCAAUUCCAGAGACAACAGAUGACAGCAUUUUUGGAUUCUCUCCUGGUAUGAUGGCCUCUCCUUUCCUCACACUUCUGCUAGCGCUGCUGCUUUUGAUACCCUGAUGUGUAUUUCAUCCACAUCUGGAAUCUUUACAUGAGCAGAGCAAUAUACUCUGCCAGAUUACUUUUUGUUAUUUUUGGAUUUUGCUACUGUAUGACCUGAUAAUUAUCCAUUCCUUUUUGAUUUAUUAUAGAUGUUUCCAAUGUAGACAUGCAGCUCGUGGGGAUAGGUUAAUUGGAUAAUCCAAAUUGCCACUAGCUGUGAAUGUGCGAGUGAAUGUGAGUGUGAAUGGUUGUCUGUCCCGGUGUGUUGGCCCUGCGACAGACUGGCGACCUGUCCAGGGUGUACCCCGCCUCUCGCCCUAUGACAGCUGGGAUAGGCUCCAGCGCCCCCUGCGACCCUGAAAAAAGGAUAAGCGGAAGCGAAUGGAUGGAUGGAUGUUUCCAAUGUAGUGGUUUGCUUUUUUGGUGGUGAAACCUUUCAUUGUGGUUGUUGGUUUAAUAAUAAUCAUUUGCAACAAUGUUUUCAUUUUGUUCUACAAUAUAGUGACUAAAAUAAAGCAAGCAAAAAAUAUGUGUAGCUUUUAAGCUGCUUUUGACCAAUAUCAAUUUAUAAUCAUAUGACAGUUUUGUUUACUGCAGUUUUCAAUCAUGAGCAGUCCACAUAGUAUGAAGUUACUAUAAUAUUGGGGGGGACUAUACUACUAUGAUUAGCUAUAAUUUUCUUUCUUGGAUGUUGGCGUACUGAUGUUCAACAAAAAUAAAUAAAUAAAUACCCUUUAAAACAAAAUGUAAAUGAAGAGAA